CCUUGCCCAGUCGCCUGACUCCCAGCCGGUGCUGAGGGAGCGAUGUCAGGGUCCAGGCGGCAGGGCCGGCCCCCGGAGCCGAGAGGCAGCAGACCAAAGCUGGACCUUCUGUUUGUCAGACGAUUCUGCCAUAUCCAGGCAAUUCUUUUCCCAUCUUGGACAUCGCAGAGUGUUCUGAUGUUUGCUACACUGCUGUUUGUUGUCCUCCUCGAGCAGCUGAUAAUCUAUCAGGUAGGAAUUAUUCCAAGCCACUUCUUCAAGGUUCUGGGUGAGAAAGAUGUUGUUGGCUUCAGACAAAUCACUAUUGUAGCCAGCUGCCUCAUUGUGGCCAACUCUCUGUUGAAAAGUUUCGACCAGUUCAUCUCAAGUUUGAUGUAUGUACAUUGGAGACAGACUCUGACCAUGGACCUCCACAAGGCCUACUUCAAGAAGAAAGUCUAUUACACCCUUAACGUACUCCAUGCUGAGUUGGAUAAUCCGGACCAGCGUAUCAGCCAAGAUGUGGAGAGGUUUUGCAAAGGGAUGAGCAAAAUGGCCAGCAACCUCAUCAUCUCCCCAUUCACCCUGGCUUAUUACACCUACCAAUGCUUUUACAGUACAGGCUGGCUGGGUCCAAUCAGCAUCUUCAUUUACUUCUUCAUCGGUUCAGUGGCCAAUAAAAUUCUAAUGGAGCCAAUUGUCUCAACCCUGGUCCAGCAGGAGAAGCUGGAGGGAGACUUCAGGUUCAAGCACAUGCAGAUCCGUGUUAAUGCCGAGUCAGCUGCGUUCUACAGAGCAGGAAGAGUGGAGCACAUGAGGACAAACUGGAAACUGCAGGACCUACUCCAAACACAGAGAGAGCUGAUGAAGAGGGAGCUGUGGCUGUACAUCGGUGUGAACAUUUUUGAUUACCUGGGCAGUAUCAUCAGUUACAUCAUCAUAGCGAUCCCCAUUUUUAGUGGACGGUACGAUGGUCUUGCUCCUGCAGCCCUUGUCGAGCUGGUCAGUAAGAAUGCCUUUGUGUCCAUGUAUCUGAUACACUGCUUCAGCCAACUCAUUGACCUCUCGACAACCGUAUCUGACCUUGCAGGCUACACACACAGAAUUGGAGAGCUGCAAGAGAUGGUCCUCAAACUCUGCAAAUCACAAUGUAAGAGCAGACAGCCAUCAUGCAAGGAAUUGUCAGGUUUUGACAAGGACAGUUUAGAUUCAGAAGAGGAGGACGAGGAAGAUUCUGGUGAUGUGGCCUUUAUCUUGGAGCAGGUCUCCUUUACUGCACUGUCCUCCAAGGAGGUGCUAGUGGAAAACCUAACCCUGACAGUCAUCGCGGGGCACAACCUCUUGGUAACGGGCAACACUGGCUCUGGAAAGACCACUCUGUUACGGGUCCUGAAUAGACUGUGGGAGACAGCUCACGGGUCUGUCCACAUGCUGACUUCCUUUGGGCCCCGUGGAGUUAUGUUUUUUCCCCAGAAGCCAUACUUCACUGAUGGAACUCUGCGAGAACAGGUAAUUUAUCCUUUGAAGGAAAUCUACCCAGUUACAGGUUUACCAGAUGACGAGAGAAUCAUCCGCUUCUUAACAUUGACCGGAUUGGGGUCACUCCUGAAGAGGACUGGUGGUCUGGAUGAGAGAGUGGAUUGGAACUGGUACGAUGUGCUGUCUCCUGGAGAAAUGCAGAGACUGUGCUUCACUCGACUCUUCUAUCACCAGCCCAAAUAUGCAGUGUUAGAUGAAGCUACAAGUGCACUGACAGAGGAGACCGAAAGAGAGCUGUACCACACCUGCAAGCAGCUGGGCAUGACUGUCAUCAGUGUGGGUCACCGCAGCAGCUUGGAGAAGCACCAUGACUCCAUGUUAUUCCUGUUUGGAGAUGGGAAAUGGGAGCUGACUAAAAUCCACUAAACACGGGUGAAAGAUAACAAGGCCGUGCUGACACUGAUUCCAGCUGCUGUUCCUAUGUCCCUAGGCUGGGCCAAGAAGACAAGCAAGUGUCCGCAGCGUGGCUGGACUCUUCAACUCUACCUCAUGUUUCCCUCUCCUCAUGUUUUCCUGGAGGAAGGUUUUUAAUAAUUGUGUCGUUUUGAUAAUUUUAGAGCCAAAGCAAUGUAUCAGUGUCAACAGAUGAGUGCACCUUUGGGAUGGGACUCCACAACAUGCCCCAAGCCGAGGGUUGUGUAGCUUGAGUUUACUUUUGAUAGUACGUCCACAGAUAAUGAUUCUAUCCCAGCUGCUAAAGACCGAAGAAUGCUAUUUAAAAAUAAAAACCGUAACCACUCCAUAUUUUUCAAUACAGAUCUUUACAAACUGCUGUAAAGAUUUUUUUUUGUUUUAGAACUGGUGACCAAUCUCUCUCGCUGUGCAAUCUCAAUUAGGAUCAGCCAGACUAAGUAAUCAAACCAGGGACUUAUGGUUUGUGUGUCACUGUCUUUCUCCAACUAAGUGAGUGAUCAGGAGGGUGGACACUGAUUCGUGGUCUGUCGCUGAGUCAUUGUAGAAGAUACAAACACCUGAACCCUGGUGCUCUAAAAUUCAUUAGCUUUCUUCAAAUGCAGCCAGCUGCAGUAUCAACCCAAUGUAGUGGAGCUACUGGCAUGUAAUCAGCAAGAUGGAACAUCCUGUACAACUGAGCAUCAGCAUCUUCUCCAGAUGCUGGUUUUUCUGCCACUGUAUUCUCUGUACUCCAGCUUUAAUGCUGUCUGUUGGACUGGUUCUCUUGGGGGUAGCUCCAAGAAUUAGAUAACCAGGCACUGGCUUUGGCAAAACACAGCACCAUUUGAGAGAUCAGUCCGCAGUUUGGACAAGGGUAGGUGAAAUGCUUAAUCCAUGGUUUUGGAUAUGGGGAAAUAUUCUAUCAACCCAAGAGGCCCUAAUGUGAGGCCUACUGAAUUACACCAAGUAUCGGGGGAAUGGGUCUGUGCGGGAACACUGGAGAAAGCUGAGCACCACAUUCCAUGAUGCGGAGGUGCUGCUGUUGGACCUAGUAGACAAAACGCCAGAUUAUAUUCCUACAGAUUAUAUUUAUUUGAAAUCACAAGCUUUCAGAGCACUGCUUCGUCGUCAGGUGAAGAUUCAAUAUUAGCAUCUCCUGAUCUUCUAUCCUUCACAUGAUGAAGGAGCAGCGCUUGUGAUUUCAAAUAAACCUGUUGGACUAUAACCUGGUGUCAUGUGACUUCUGACUACUUCCACAGACAUUCAGUGGGACCUCAAUGAAGCAGAGAAUCUUAAUGGGUGCAGAUAAGGUGAUCCUGAAAUAUUACCCUUUGUUAGACUAGAAGGAUCAGAAGACAUUAGUUUAAAGUAAAUCUAAAACACAGUUUAGUAAAGAUGUCUUCACUGGCUGAAUCAUUAUCUUUCAGAGCAUAGUAAAGAUUAAAUAUUCAGGGCCAUUUAAAGCAAAGCACGGUGCUCGAGGGAUACAUAUAUGUGGGAGCAAUAGGCUUCCCUAAUCCCUGUAGCAGUUUCACACUGGACUCAAAACGUAAACUCUAUUUCUCUCUACAGAUGCUGCUAGAUCUGCUAGAUUGAACGUGUCCCCUUUCUUCAGCACUUCCAGUUUUUAUUUCAGAUUUCCAGUAACUGCAGUAUUGUACUUUUAUUACCUAAUCCUUGACCUUUGUGAACACUGGGGACAGAGAAAUGAGAAGCAGUUCUAAAAGCAGCUGGAAGUUGAGAGCAGAGUAAUUAUCGGAAUAUAAUAUUUAGAGUAGUGUCAUCUAUUCUAAUUCUUUAAUGUUCUAAUGAAUCAGAGCAUUCACAAUUUUGCUGAGCAUCUGAAUUUCUCAAGAUGAGACAUGUCUUUGUUUGAUAAUGAAAUACCUUUUCUACUUUCCCUUCCCUGGGACACUGAUUAAAUGUCAAGUAAAGGUCCCUAUCCUCAGCCAAUAAUGUGCAUUAAUUACCUCCCACAGUCAGAACAAUAUAAAACUGAAAGUGUUGGACAAACUCAGCAGGUCCAGCAGCAUUUGGGGAAAGAAAAACAGUUAACAUUUUGAAGAAGAGUUAUGGACAUCGAAACAUUUUCUGUUCCUCUCUUUCUCUCUCUCUAUAUACAGAAGGUGCCAGACCUGCUGAGUUCCUCUGGCAGUUUGUUUUUCUUUACAGAUCUCCAACAUCCACAGUAUUUUGUGUUUGUCAGAAUGACAUAGCCUGCUCGGUCAUGAAUAUUGACAUAUCUCAAUGACUGUGUUCAAUGUCUAAUUGAGUUAAGGUUCUUCUAAAGUGUAACUCUGAUUUUGUGAGUUUAUUGGAUGUGUGCCACAAAAGAGGGUCUCGUAUGUGCAGUGAAUACCCUCUGACCUUCUGGGUUCGUGUCCCAGACAAAACUCAGUGUCCAAGGGUGGUGUAUUUACAAUACAGCUGUGCUGGCUAAGUAUCAACUUGCAAAUCCUUCCCAACAUCCAGUGUUAAGAUCAGGAGUGAUUCCUGAUCACCAGUAUGGAGGAAGGGACAUUGGAUCUACCAUCUACCAGCCAACAACAUAUAUGUCAAUGUCUAUGUUGCCCAAGGAACUUGGACUCCAAGUGAAUUCUAACAUAUGAUGGUGAUAUGUGUUACAAACAACUGGGAGGCACUAGGUAGGAGGAGCAGACAUUCAGACCUGCUGUUUGUGAGCUAGCCCUCUGCCUCAGUGGGUGGUGUGAUCACCAAUGCAGAAGAGCACGACCUGAUUACGAGCUUGGAACUUUGCAAAGGUAGCCUAACCUCAGUUCAGGCUGAGCCUGCAAUUGGACACAGCAUCUAGCCAGGUUUUCCUGUCCAGCCAUUAUUAGUCUCCUGACCCUCUCCAGUGACCAGUGCUGCAAAAUGCACUCCUCUUUCUCCAAUGAGGAAUGAUUUAUGAAUAUCUGUUGACAUUCACAGUCCAGACUCAUUGCUAGUCAGUGAUAACCAAGGGUGAACCUUUUUGAGUCUCUGUCUUCCGAGGAAGAGAUUGGAUAGGAAGAUAUGAGAUGAAGAAAGUAGAGGUUGCCAGCAUUCCAGUUUUGACUACAGUGUUAGAGUAUAUAAUAUGACAUCUCCUGUCUGUCACUGUGCCUGAUACUGAAUCUCCUAAUCAUGUUAUAAGCUUUAAAUAAUUAAAAAUAUACACAAA